UCUACUCCUCUACUACUCCAGUGUAGCAUAGCGCCCAAGCUAGCUCUACUCCAGUGGCUAGAUUCGUCGGCCUCCCUCUGGACGUCUAUAUAUAAGCAGGCCUAGUGGCCCGAGAUCAAUCCAUCCUUCAGCUGAGUCCAAUCCAACCAACACAAGGAGUUCAUCAGCUUGCAACGGUUUUCUGUAAUGGAGGCCAGGACCGCCAUUGCGCUGCUCCUCGCGCUCGUGGUCGCCGCGAGCUUCCUGUGCGACGGCGUCCACAGCCGCCACCACCACCACAGCAAGCGCCACUCGGCCCGGCCGCCGUCCCACGCGCCUGGGCCUUCGGGCCCGAGGCGGGCUCCUUCACCUAGCCACUCGUCUCCUUCUGCGCCACCGCCUCCAAUGCCGGGAGCGCCCGCCCCCGCGCCGUCCGACGACGGCGACAGCGUGUACGACGUCAUCAAGGACUUCGGCGCGGUCGGGGACGGCGUGACGGACGACACGGACGCGAUCAAGACCGCUUGGGACACGGCCUGCCAGGAGGACGGGGAGAGCGUCGUCCUCGCGGCCGCCGGGCACUCGUUCCUGGUGCACACCACCACCUUCACCGGGCCGUGCCAGGGCAGCGUCACGCUGCAGAUCGACGGCGCGAUCGUGGCGCCGAGCGAGCCCACGGCGUGGCCGGCCAACAGCAAGCGCAACUGGCUCGUGUUCUACAAGGCCGACGGCACGUCGCUGCGCGGCUCCGGGCUCAUCGACGGCAAGGGGCAGAAGUGGUGGGACCUCCCCUGCAAGCCUCACAAGGGAGGAAGCACGCACGGACCUUGUGACAGCCCAGUGGCGCUUAGGUUUUUCAUGAGCAACAACGUGACGGUGCAAGGGCUCAAGGUGCAGAACAGCCCGGAGUUCCACUUCCGGUUCGACAGCUGCCGCGGCGUGCGCGUCGACAGCCUCUCCAUCAGCUCCCCGGCGCUGAGCCCCAACACCGACGGCAUCCACGUCGAGAACACCCAGGACGUCCUCAUCACCAACACCGUCGUCUCCAACGGCGACGACUGCGUCUCCAUCGGCGCCGGCACCCUCAACGUCCACAUCGAGAACGUCACCUGCGGCCCCGGCCACGGCAUCAGCAUCGGGAGCCUGGGGAAGCAGGGGUCGCGGGCGUGCGUGGCCAACAUCACGGUGCGCAACGCGGUGAUCAGGCACUCGGACAACGGCGUGAGGAUCAAGACGUGGCAGGGCGGCUCCGGGUCGGUGUCGGCGGUGACCUUCGAGAACGUGCGCAUGGACGCCGUGCGCAACCCCAUCAUCAUCGACCAGUACUACUGCCUCACCAAGAGCUGCGAGAACGCCACCACGGCCGUCUUCGUCUCCGACAUCACCUACGCCGGCAUCCGGGGCACCUACGACGUGCGCGGCCCGCCCAUCCACUUCGGCUGCAGCGACGCCGUGCCAUGCACCAACAUCACCCUCUCCGGCGUCGAGCUGCUGCCGGCCUCCGGGGACACCGUCGACAGCCCCUUCUGCUGGAACGUCUACGGCAACACCACCACGCCCAUUGUGCCGCCGGUGGCCUGCCUCAUAGAGGGCGUGCCCAAGAACGUGGAUGAAACUAGCAGCUUGAAGUGUUACUGAUGACGCCACCAUCGCACGUCCCUCCCUUAUACUAGAUGAGGAAGUAAUUAAAUCCAGAGAAAAUAUAUUAGGCCGCCAGAAGGAAAAAAAAACUUAGUGAAAGUAUGGUCGUGUAGUAUAAAUUACCUAUAUAUUGUAUAUAGAAAGAUGAAAAUGUAACAGUAUGAGAAGAUUUGUGUGACAGUUACCAGAAUAUACAUGCAGAAUGCUCUGUUUUUUUUUUU